AUGGCUCGAACUACAGCGCUAAUCUGGUAUUGGUCCUUUGUUAUUUUACCAUUUACAGCCAUCAUCACAUUCAUUCUAACAUUAGUGGUGUGUAGACAAGUACUUCAGAACACUUGGUCAGAAAAAGACCUACCACAAAUUUCGCAACUUGGAAUUGGUUCUGCUUAUCCUUAUUUCGUGUUUGGUUUUGUUUUCUUAUGUCUACAAAUGUUAUUAAUUCUUAUUGGUCGACUACAAUAUCUUUUUCAAUCUCAGUCUGUCAUUCAUCGUGCUAUUCUAUGUGUUAUUCAUGCUGUAGCACUUAUCUCAGCCGUAUUUCUUCUUAUUAUGGCCAUCGUAAGUUUAGACCAUGAUCCUUAUCUUCAUGUCAGUGCUGCUUUUGGAAUGUUUGGAUUUAUUUCGUUCUAUUGUUUGUUACACACGAUCGUUGUUUUCUAUCUCUAUGCAAGACGAUCAGUCGUCCCCCAACAUUCAAAUAUCAUUUGGCCGUUAUGGUUUCUUAUCUCUGGUAUAUUGCUUACCAUUUUUGCUAGUAUCUGGAUCUUUAGAGGGAGCACCGUUCCACAAUAUAUUGCUGCUGCUAUGCCUUUUCUCUAUAUUCUUGGAUUCGUACCACAGUUUUGGUUGCAAGCAAAAACGAAACAGCAAGAUAAUGUAUCAUUUACACAAGUACGCUACCUGGAUGAAAUGAAUGUAUAA